AUGUCAAAACCUGUCCACACAUUGAUUGUUUCGUUGUUUCUUGUCAUCAUACUUUCAUUUUUGACAGCAUCAUCCACUGCAAAAUCUUAUGCAAUUACUUCACUUUCUUCAGAAGUUCACAUUACAAAUGGUGCUUGUACUUUGGACGUGGUCGAAACUUUCGAAUACGAAUUUACUGGUUCCUAUUCAACUAUUGGAAGAGCUUUCGCUUCUAAUAUUGAUAACGUCAACAAUAUUGCAGUUGUUACACUCACAUCUGGUUAUAGUAUUUCAACUUAUUUUGAUAGUACUGGUUAUAUUAUCAUGUAUUUGAGUCCAGCAACUCCAGAAUCAGGAACAACAAUGGUUUCGUUCCAACUGUCGUAUACUGUAAUAGGAAGACAAAAUCUAUUUGCCAGUUCUGCAUCAGCUUCAAAGAAUACUGUUUCGUUCUAUUACAAGGAUAGUGCAAUGAUUAGAAAUUUGACCUCUACUUUUAUAUUCGAUUCGAAUAUUGGAUUCACCAGUGCACCAACUUCAAGUGGUCAACUCAUCACUAAUGGAAAUCAAUAUUCAGUCUUAUUUUCAGUUCAAAAUCUCACCAGUCUAUACGUUCCAACAGUUUACUUUAAUCCAAAUUCAGACAAUUUUAAUUUGUGUCCAUUAACAGUUGGUGGAGUGGUAGGAAUAGUUAUUGGAUCUGUGGCUGGAGCCAUCAUUCUUACACUAAUAUUUGCAUUCAUAUUAAUUAAGGGUAAAUCAGGUGGAGGAGGAGGUGUUGGCAGUGGAACUUCCCACUGGACAGGAAAUAAUCAUCAUCAUCAUAACCAUUCUCAUACUGGUUAUGGAUAUAGUGGUGGAGGAGGUGGAGGUGGUGAUAGUGGUCACACUGGAGGUUCAGGAUUUGCAAAUUAA